CAAAACACAAGUCUUCCUGUUGUUCCUCGUUGAAAUAAAGUGGAAAGUUGCAGCGCACGGGGCCAAAUUACCGAGAUCUCCUCAGGAUUACGCUGCAGAUGAAGAUGGUGGAUUUAAUGUUUUGGCUACUUUUUCUCCAACUAGAAAUGCACCCGGGGCACGCCUGGUAAGACACAAAGACUGUGCAUCUUAUUUAGAAAAUGAUAACAGGGAAAAAAGGCAAAACCGUUUCUGUAUUUUCUCUCUUAGGGUGGCCGGUAACUUUCUGAUGACGGGACCGAAGGCCUACCUUACCUAUGCAAGAAGCGUGCAGGUGGGCACGCAGAGUGGGAUCGAGGAGUGCAAACACCAGUUUGCGUGGGACAGAUGGAACUGCCCUGACAGCGCAACCCAACCCAAACGACUGAGAAGAGCCACCAGAGAAACAUCUUUCGUCCAUGCGAUCAGUGCUGCAGGAGUCAUGUACACUCUGACCAGGAACUGCAGCCUGGGGGACCUUGAAAAUUGUGGCUGCGACGUUUCCAACAAUGGGAAAAUUGGUGGCCGGGGGUGGUUAUGGGGUGGCUGCAGUGACAACUUGGAUUUUGGGGAAAGGAUCUCCAAACAGUACGUGGAUGCGCAGGAGACAGGGCAGGACGCAAGAGCUGCGGUCAAUUUGCACAACAACGCGGUGGGACGCCAGGCCGUGAAGGUGACGGCGAAGCGCGUCUGCAGGUGCCACGGCAUGUCCGAGAGCUGCAGUCUGCAGACGUGCUGGACGCAGCUGUCCGAUUUCAGAGAAAUCGGCGAUUACUUGAAGCUCAAGUACAACCAGGCGCAGAAGCUGGACAUCGACAAGAAGCGCGCGAGGGCUGGGAACAGCGCCGAGAGCCGCGGCGCGCUCGUGGACGCGUUCGGCAACGUGGCCCAGACGGAGCUCAUCUACCUGGAGGACUCGCCCGACUACUGCAGGAGGAACGCCAGCUUGGGGCUCCACGGCACGGAGGGCAGGGAGUGCCUGCAACACGGAGCGGGCCUGAGCCAGUGGGAGCGCCGGAGCUGCCGCAGGCUGUGCCACGAGUGCGGCCUCCGAGUGGAGGAGAGGCGCACCGAGGUGGUGACCAGCUGCAACUGCAAGUUCCACUGGUGCUGCAGGGUGAACUGCGAGGACUGCUCUCAGGUCAUAGUCAAGCAUGUGUGCGCAAAGAGGGAAGCCGGGGAGGGCUACGCUCUCAGGCGAAGACACCGUGGACCCAAAUGAAAACGAACUAGUUUCUAAAAUAGUUGCACUUUCUAUUCAUCAAUGUUC